AAUUUUUUUUUAAAAUCUUUUUAUUAUUUGUAGAGAUAUAGAUAGAAGCUACAGAUACUUAGAAAGUGAAAUUUUAGAGAGAGAAAACCUAAGAAAACCACACAGGAAGAGAGAAACAGCCUGCUUACCUUAGCUUAGCUUUGCUUUAGCUUGCUGAUAAUUGUUUUUCUUUCUUUAUUCCUUCGCCAUUUCCUCAGGAAAUGCUAAAUCGAGAGAAGUUUUCUGCUCUUCGAUUCCUCCAUUGACAUGACCCUUAUGCUGUGAACAAGAUUCUAUGAGUUUGAUUUGAUUUAUCUACUGGGUUUUUGGUAAAGUGAAUUGGAUUAGUGUUGAAUUUGGGGUUUUGGGUGAUAGUUAGAAGGGUUUUUGUUAGGGGCGUUGUAGAAAUAUAGAUUAGGAGUAGUUUUUCAAGUUCAAGAGAAUGGGUGAUACUGAAGAGGCUAAUAGUGAAAUGAUGCAAAGGCUUCAUUCUUCGUUUGGGACAACGCAAUCAUCUUCUUCAAUGCCUAAACAACCCUUUUUAUCAAUGAACCAGCUUGAUAUACCGCAAUUGAACCAGACCCAAAUUCGUGCCAGGCAUUUUGCACACUUUGCACAGAAUUUUAGCUCUGAUAAUAGCAAACGAGUAGGGAUACCGCCUUCCCAUCCCAAUCAGAUCCCACCCAUUUCGCCGUAUUCCCAGAUCCCAGUGUCUAGGCCUGCGAGCCAGCAAAUGGCUUCUCCGAACUUUACUCCCGGACCUACCCAUUCGAGAUCUUUAUCUCAGCCUUCAUCAUUUUUCUCACUUGAUUCACUGCCACCUUUAAGCCCGGCCACUUUCCGUGAUUCCUCUUCAACGUCUGCGUCUGACCCAAUAUCAGUUGAUGUGUCCAUGGAAGAAAGGGAUGGAAGCUCUCAUUCCCUAUUACCACCCUCGCCCUUUAGUAGGAGUAAUACUUCACGAGUUGGUGAGAGCUUGCCUCCACGCAAGACACAUAGAAGGUCUAACAGUGAUAUUCCAUUUGGGUUUACAAAUGUUUUACAGUCUUCACCACCUCUCGUUCAGUUGAGGGGUUCAGGUGCUCUAGAGAGGUCAGUAUCGGGGAAAGAGAAUUCAGGGGUGGGUAAGCCAGUCCAGUUGGUGAAAAAGGAAUGGGAGAGAGGUGGUGAUAGCAAUGCUGAGGGGAUGGGCGAGCGGAAAUCUGAAGGUGAAGUUGUGGAUGAUUUAUUUUCUGCUUAUAUGAAUUUGGAUACAAUUGAUGCACUGAACUCCUCCGGAACUGAUGAUAAGAAUGGUAAUGAGAAUCGCGAGGAUUUGGAUAGUAGAGCUAGUGGGACUAAGACUAAUGGAGGUGAAAGCAGUGAUAAUGAGGCAGAAAGCAGUGUGAAUGAAAGUGGUAGUAGUUUGCCAAGAGGGUUGAGUCCUUCAACUGAAAAGAGGGAGGGGAUCAAAAGGUCUGCAGGAGGGGAUAUUGCUCCAACCACCAGGCAUUACAGAAGUGUUUCAAUGGAUAGUUUCAUGGGAAAGUUGAACUUUGGGGAUGAAUCUCCAAAGCUGCCACCUUCACCUGGAACUCGACCAGGACAACUGUCACCUAGUAAUUCAUUGGAUGGGAAUGCCUUCAGUUUGGAAUUUGGAAAUGGUGAGUUUAGUGGUGCUGAGCUUAAGAAAAUUAUGGCAAAUGAGAAACUUGCUGAGAUUGCAAUAUCUGAUCCAAAGCGUGCAAAAAGGAUAUUGGCAAAUCGUCAAUCAGCUGCCCGUUCCAAAGAAAGGAAGAUGAGAUAUAUUUCAGAAUUGGAACACAAGGUUCAGACUCUGCAGACAGAAGCUACCACGUUGUCUGCCCAGCUUACUCUUUUACAGAGAGAUUCAGUCGGACUUACCAACCAGAAUAAUGAACUGAAGUUUCGUCUCCAAGCCAUGGAGCAACAGGCACAACUCCGAGAUGCACUAAAUGAAGCGUUGACGGCUGAAGUACGCCGAUUGAAGAUUGCUACUGCAGAGAUCAGUGGGGAUUCUGACCCAACCAAGGGCAUGGUUCAGCAGCUUUCAAUCAACCCCCAAUUAUUCCAGCUUCAACAGCCACAGUCUUCCCAACUUAACAUGCAUCAGUUGCAGCAGCAGCAACAAUCAUCCUCCUCGAUGAACAUGCAUCAGUUGCAGCAGCAGCAGAUGCAGCUGACGCAGCCACAACAACAAAAUGGCAACACAUCCUCAAAUGCAGAGUCCAAUCAAUAGGAUGUGAGGGAUACUAUGGCUAUUGCCUUUUAUUUAUCAUACAAUUUCUGGUGCUUAUUUGUUUGUUCAAUGCAUUCAUUCAUUAGUUUUCAAGAUCCUACAGAAGUACUUGUGGUAGUUGAUACUCGAACUACAUUACCCGUCCAACUCGGAACACCAUUUUCAAGUGAUAUACAGGCCUUUAUACAUAUGUUAGUUUAUGGACAUAGCUUUUAUUCAUCUGUAUUAGAUAUAUAAAUCAUAUAUGAGAACAUUUGUUAGACCUGAUGUUUUGUUGAGACGCCAGAUGCUUUGAACUGGUACUCUUAUUUGUUUAUUUCAGUGAAAGAAAUGCUUGUGGAUUUGCUUAGCUUGAGGCUGGGCCUAUUUAUUUUGUU